GCCCGGAGCGGGAGGGGGCGGCGGCGGCGGCGGCGGGAGGGAUGCGGACGGGGGAAGAUGGCGGCCUCGUCGAACAACCCGCGGAAAUUCAGCGAGAAGAUCGCGCUGCACAACCAGAAGCAGGCCGAGGAGACGGCGGCCUUCGAGGAGGUCAUGAAGGACCUCAGCCUCACGCGCGCCCACCGGCUACAGCUACAGAAAAACCAGUAUUUGCAGUUGGGCCAGACCCGUGGCCAGUACUAUGGAGGAUCCCUGCCAAAUGUCAAUCAGAUUGGGAGCAGUGCUAUGGACCUACCUUUCCAGACUCCGUUUCAGUCAUCAGGAUUGGACACCAGCAGGACGACCCGGCACCAUGGGCUGGUAGACAGGGUGUAUCGCGACCGGAACCGCCUUGGCUCGCCCCACCGGCGCCCGCUGUCCGUGGAUAAGCACGGCAGGCAGGUGGACAGCUGUCCGUAUGGUACCGUCUACCUGUCGCCUCCUUCAGACACAAGCUGGAGGAGGACCAAUUCAGAUUCUGCCCUGCACCAGAGUACGAUGACUCCCGCUCAGGCGGAGCCUUUUUUAGCUGGGUCACAGGACAUGCAGCAAAAAAGAGUCUUACUGUUGGCCGUCCCAGGCAUGGAGGAAGACACAGCGGAUACAGAGAAGAACCUCGCAAAGCAAGGGUGGGAAGCUAAGAAGACCGGAUCCUCAAGGCCCAAAUCCUGUGAGGUCCCAGGAAUCAACAUCUUUCCGUCAGCUGACCAGGAAAACACUACCACACUUAUCCCCGCCACUCACAACACGGGUGGCUCCCUGCCGGACCUGACAAACAUCCACUUCCCCUCUCCUCUCCCGACGCCGCUGGACCCAGAAGAAUCCCCUUUCCCGUCCCUCAGCAGUUCCAACAGCACUGGGAACCUUGCGGCCAACUUGACGCAUAUGGGCAUCAGCACAGCCAAUCAGGGGAUGACAACGACACAGGCCUCUUCCCAGCAGCACCGACAGCCACCCACUGGCCCCCUUUCGCUGAACGCAGACUCCAGGAGAAACCAGCCCCAGCAGGUCUCCCCCACGCUCUCGCCUCUGUCGCCAAUCACUCAGGCCGUGGCAAUGGACGCCCUCUCCCUGGAGCAGCAGCUCCCGCCCUACCCCUUCUUUACCCAGACGAGCGCCCAGCAGCAGCAGCAACAGCAGACCCAGGUCGCCAGCGCUCUCCCGCCCAAUGCCUCCCUGAUGCAGACGUCCGGCCUGCAGCGAGGGGUGCAGCUGCCCCCGCUCUCCGUCACCGUCCCUUCCACAAUCCCACAGUCUCCGCCGGGAAGCCAGAGCCAGACCUCCAUGGGGAUAGACAUCAGUUCGGGUUCACUCCAGCAGUACCGCAACAAUGCUGGCUCCCCAGCCAACCAGUCUCCCACCUCUCCUGUCUCCAAUCAAGCUUUCUCUCCUGGCAGCUCCCCUCAACAAACAUCUAUCCUGGGGAGCGUCUUUGGGGAUUCCUGUUACGACCAACAGAUGACGGCCAGGCAGGCAAACGCUUUAUCUCAUCAGGAUUCCUUCCUCCAGCUUGAGCAGUUCAACAUGAUUGAGAACGCCAUCAGCUCCAACAGCCUCUACAGCCCCUGCUCCACCCUCAAUUACUCCCAGGCAGCCAUGAUGGGCCUCACCGGAAGCCACGGGAGCCUCCAGGACGCCCAGCAGCUCAGCUACGCCAGCCACGGGAACAUCCCCAACAUCAUCCUCACAGUGACCGGGGAGUCCCCUCCCAGCCUGUCGAAGGACCUGACCAGCUCUCUGGCCGGCGUGGGGGAUGUCAGCUUCGACUCUGAUUCCCAGUUCCCCCUGGACGAACUCAAAAUCGACCCCCUGACCUUGGACGGGCUGCACAUGCUCAACGACCCUGACAUGGUCCUCGCUGACCCCGCCACAGAGGACACUUUCCGGAUGGACCGGCUGUAGGGGAGAGGGGAAGAGGGGGCGCGUCGCCGAGAGUGAGAGAGCGCAUGCCAAAUCGCAAAUAAAAGGUGUACCAAGUCUCGGCGCCCGCAGAGGCAGGGACCGGCCCACCUCGGGUCCGUCGCACCUGAGAGCCGGGCUCGUUCCACCCUCACAGAGCAGCUGCCCACCCCCCCGUCUCCCCCCCCGCCCUCCAGAGGCCACUGGUUUGGGAGAGGACCUCUUUAUCCAUAUGCCCCCCUUGCGCCCUUUCCGUUCUCUCGCCCUCUGCUUGCCACCAAAGUUCGGUCCUUGUUCUCCUUUGCACUAAAUGGUUUCUCCGUCUUUGUUUUUGGGAAGGCAGGGAGUGGGGUGGCAGUAGAGGAGGCUGCUCCCUCUCUUCCUCUCCCCCCCCCGCCCCGGUGGCUGGGCAAAGCGCUCUGAAAAGGUAAAUAGAUAGUUCUUAUCCCCCCCCCCACCUCUGUCAAAACUACCGAGUCUCCGGUUUCGGUUACAGAAACAGCCACUUCUGCAUGAAGCCGGGAGCUUGGGGGGGGUGCUGGGGGUUGCGCGACAGACACGUGAAGCCCCACCACCCCUGAGUCCAAAAGCUACAUUGUGGAUAUUGCUGCUUUCCUUCUGGGAAAUGGGGUGGGUGGGGUUUCAGUAUAGGAGCUGGUGGGGAGAGUCCGGUGAGCCCUCCAGAAUAAUUUCCUGAGGCAGAUGCUUGGCUUUGAAGGAUGGGGAGAGGGGUGUAAAUGGUUAGUGAUCUCCUGUGCCCCCCCCUUUUCGCUAGCCUUGACUCUCAUCCAAAACUCUAUUGCUGCCUGUUCCCCCGUUUGCCUCCUUGCUCAACAGUUGCAGAAACAUCUCUUUUUGGGGGGC